AGCCUGCGGGGCCCGCCUCCCAUCCCGCCCAGCCGCCCUUUCUCGCGGGCCCGUGCGCGUGCGCGGUGCCAGCCCUGCGUGGCCGCGAGUCCCGGAUUUGAAGCCGACGCGGGGGGGGCGGCGCUGGCCUAGGGGGCUGGGCCUGGGCCUGUCAGUCCCCGGACUCUCCUGCCCGCGGCUGCCGGAACCAGUGCGGCAUCGAGGGAUCUGUAUGCCUGCCGUUUUCAAGAUCCUCUUCUUACAGACUGCCAGGACACUCGGCAGAAGGGAAGGACUUUGCUUGCCCCGGAGACGGGCUUUUCUACUGAGAUUUGAAAGUUGCCUUCUGCAUCUCCUGGUGGCCAGCCGAUUUACUUGGUUCCGAUUGCUGGUAAGAAAUAAGUCUUUCCUUUCUGCCAGCAGAAACCAGGGAGCUUGUGCUGAAGGCUUCGCUGUUCCCUCAGCUUUGCAUGUUUGGCAUCGUAGGGUCUGCGCAGUCCCUGAUGAGAUGACGGAGCAGAGGUACUGCGUGGACUAUGCCAAGCGCGGCACAGCCGGCUGCAAGAAGUGUAAGGAGAAGAUCUUGAAGGGGAUGGUGCGCAUUGGGAAGGUGGUCCCCAACCCCUUCACAGAGUCGGGCGGGGAGAUGAAGGAGUGGUACCAUGUGAAGUGCAUUUUUGAGAAGCUAGAGAGGGCUCGGGCCACAACAAAGAAGAUUGAGGACAUCACAGACUUGGAGGGUUGGGAAGAGCUCCAGGAUCCGGAGAAAGAUAUGAUAAACCAGCAUAUCUCAGAGGCCACUUCCAAGGCUGCGAACACACCUAAGAAAAAGGCAACAAUCCAGGCGAAGCUCUCCCCCAGUGGACAGAUAACCAGUCCCAAGAAGGAGCUGCUAGCUACCCCCAAUCCAUCACCAAAGAAAUUCUCUGGCUUCACAGCUAAACCGGGCAAUUCUGAUGAAGCCCCUGAAAGCUCUUCCCAUAAGUCUAGCCUCUCUGCAAAGAAGUGUGACCCAAAGCACAAGGAUUGCUUGCUGCGGGAAUUCAGAAAGUUGUGCGCCAUGGUUGCAGAGAAGCCCAGCUAUAACGUGAAAACGCAGAUCAUUCAGGACUUCUUGCAAAAAGGAACUGCGGGAGAUGGCUUUCAUGGUGACCUCUACCUGACUGUUAAGCUGCUAUUACCAGGUGUUAUUAAAAGUGUUUACAACUUGAACGACAAGCAGAUUGUCAAGCUAUUCAGCAGGAUUUUCAACUGCAGCCAGGAGGAGAUGGUCCGAGACCUGGAGCAGGGAGAUGUUUCCGAAACGGUGCGCAUCUUUUUUGAAGAGAGCAAGUCCUGCCCUCCUGCUGCCAAAAGUCUCCUUACCAUCCAGGAAGUGAAUGAGUUCCUCACUCAACUUUCAAAGCUUUCCAAGGAGGAUGACCAGCAAAGUGUGCUGCAGGAUAUCGCUAGCAGGUGCACGGGGAAUGACCUGAAAUGCAUCAUCAGGCUAAUAAAGCAUGAUCUGAAAAUGAAUGCUGGUGCAAAGCAUGUGUUGGAUGCUUUAGAUCCUAAUGCUUAUGAGGCAUUCAAAGCCUCACGCAAUCUCCAGAAUGUGGUGGAGCGAGUGCUGAGGAACCAGCAGGAGGCUGAGAAGUUGCCAGGUCUGAAGCGAACCCUCAGCGUUCAGGCCUCACUGAUGACCCCUGUUCAGCCCAUGCUGGCUGAAGCCUGUAAGUCAAUUGAAUAUGCCAUGAAGAAGUGCCCCAAUGGGAUGUAUGCAGAGAUCAAAUACGAUGGGGAGCGAGUUCAGGUCCAUAAGAAUGGAGAUCACUUCAGCUACUUCAGCCGAAGCCUCAAACCUGUCCUCCCUCACAAAGUAGCCCAUUUUAAGGACUUCAUCCCCCAGGCUUUCCCUGGUGGACAUAGUAUGAUCCUGGAUGCGGAAGUUCUUCUGAUUGAUAACAAAGCAGGGAAACCGCUACCCUUCGGGACCCUUGGAGUACAUAAGAAAGCUGCUUUCCAGGAUGCCAAUGUCUGCUUGUUCGUGUUUGACUGCAUCUAUUUCAAUGACACCAGCCUGAUGGACAGGCCCCUGCGUGAGCGUCGAAAGUUUCUCCAUGAUAACAUGGUGGAAAUCCCCAACCGGAUACUCUUCUCUGAGAUGAAGCAUGUCAUGAAAGGUUCAGAUCUGGCAGAUAUGAUCAAUCGAGUCAUCCGUGAGGGCCUGGAAGGACUGGUACUGAAAGAUGUAAAGAGUACAUAUGAGCCUGGUAAACGUCACUGGCUAAAAGUGAAAAAGGACUAUCUGAAUGAAGGUGCCAUGGCUGACACGGCAGACUUGGUGGUUCUGGGAGCUUUCUAUGGACAAGGCAGUAAAGGUGGCAUGAUGUCCAUUUUCCUCAUGGGCUGCUAUGACCCCAAGAGCCAGAAAUGGUGCACGGUGACAAAGUGCGCUGGUGGGCACGAUGAUGCCACCCUGGCUCGCCUGCAGAAGGAGCUGGACAUGGUGAAGAUCAGCAAGGAUCCCAGUAGAAUUCCAAGCUGGCUGAAAAUUAACAAGAUCUAUUAUCCAGACUUCAUUGUUCCAGACCCAAAGAAAGCCGCGGUGUGGGAGAUCACAGGUGCUGAGUUCUCUAAAGCUGAAGCCCACACUGCAGAUGGGAUCUCCAUCCGCUUCCCUCGCUGCACCCGGAUCCGAGAUGACAAAGACUGGAAGACGGCCACCAACCUCCCUCAGCUCAAGGAGCUAUACCAGCUCUCCAAGGAGAAGUCAGAUUUCAAUAUCACAGCAGGGAGGAGGGGGUCCACAGCCAGCAGCAGUGGUGAGAAUGAGGGAAAUUCUAGGUCUUCCACACCCCACAUUGCUAAGACACCCCCAAGCAAGUCACCUGCAAAAGCCAAGAAGCCAGAAGGCAGCAAAGCGGUUGUUAGAUCUCCUGCAAAGAAGGCAGAGGAGAAGCGAGGGGAGAAACGGAAAGCAGCUGAGCUGGAUGACAACAGAAAGAAGAUGCUGCUGGACAUAUUUACAGGGGUGAAGCUGUACCUACCACCGUCCGUGGAGGACUUCAGCAAAAUCCGCCGGUACUUUGUGGCGUAUGAUGGAGACCUUGUGCAAGAGUUCGACACUGCCUCAGCAACACAUGUAAUAGGGGAUGUUGAUGAGAACCUUGGAGCCAAGCGCGUCUCUCCUGACUGGAUCUGGGAGUGUAUCCGGAAACGGAGGCUAGUGGCCCCUUGUUAAAAGUUCAAGGCAGCUACCUGGCCCAACACUACUGUGCUCUAGGAAGGAACUCCCUAAGGGAACAGCAGCAAGUAGGCAGGUGGAAGAAAGGCUGAGAUCCUUUGCUUUUCUGUCCACAUCUCUAUCAAAUGCCUGGAGUUCCUCACAGAUGGGUUCUAAGGAUCCAUAGCAACCACUUUGAUUUUUAUCAGUGCCAGCUGGAAUGAAUUCAGAGAUCUCACUAAAAGAUGGCACAAUUGGAAUCUGUUUUUUUCUGCCCUUCAUUUGAACCCGUCCAUUCUAUCUCAGUGCUGGUUUCAUCUGUUUUGUUUUAAAGUUUGGGUAUUUUUAUAAAUAAAAACUAUACAGUGUCUUCUCCUUUCCAGUAAGGACACAGA